CUGGCCAAGCACAAUGUGAACCGAGAGAAUGCGACUCUAUCUUGCUACUUUGCCCGAUCGCGUAGGGUUGCCGGGAAAGAGGAGAGGGGGCAAAAGGGGGGCGGCAGUGCCAAUUCGCAUGUGAGUCGCUCUUCAAGGUGACAAUAGCCAUGGGAAACGAAGAGCUUUCGACGUGGAUAUGGAGACUCCUUUACGCAUUCACGGCGAUCCAAAGGCGGAACCACACACGGCAAUCCAGUUCAACUACUCAUCACCUCGAUCAAAGCCAGAACCACCGGAGAACGAUUUACGUGUGUGAUGGAUGCGGGGAGUCGCUUGGGGUUGACGAGGAGAUUUACGUGUGCCAGGUGUGUGCGGGCGAGGCAAAGUUCCAUGAGACGUGCUACAAAAGAUUGAAAAGAGUGGUGGGCAUAGAGGGAACUGGGUCUAACACCCUCGAGAGGCUCUGCAGCAGCCACAAUGAGUUUGUCUGCAUCUCACUCUCUGGGAAGGGAUCUUCCAGGGAGGAGAGCACUGUUGCCGCCGAAUUUCCCGCAGCUUCAGAGCCGAGCGUUACCAUGGGCGGGAGGGAGCGGGACGACUCGCACUCACCGCAUAAUGGGAGUGCUAGGGAGGGGGGUGGCCCGCCCUCAGCCCUUAUCAUGAGUAGGAUCAAGAUGGAGACUGGCGACGAAGGGGUGAUCAAGGGAAAGGGCACGAGAACAACAGAUGACCAAGAUAGGGCGCUGAGUGAGCCUACCUCUUGGCUCCUCGAAGAGAUCGGUAAGCUCAAUGAAGCGAUAAAAGAGUGGUUCUUUAGAGCUCAAUUCAAAUCCACUCAAUGAAUACUCUUUCGGGUAAGUAUAUUCUAGGGAGCAUUGGAGCAUUCUUAGUUUUUGCAAGAAAGCUACCGGUAGGUAGGUAAUUACCUUGAAACUUGCCUUGCACUCAUCUUCGGGAAUCCAAUUUGCGAAGGCAAUGGGCAAGCUCAGGGUUGACUUCCAAUGGCAGCUCCGGGUCUCGCCAUUUCCGAAUUCUUUCUCUAAUAGGCCAUGAAGAACUAAAAAGUUUAUCUUCAAUGAAAAAGAGAACUUGGAAUUCUCCCUACCUAGAAGGGAAUGUUUCUAAGUCUUUAGUUACCGAAAGGAGUACCCAAGCGUUGGU